CUGCAGCCAGGUGAAGAUGUGGUCAUGGAGAAUCAAACCACACCAAUUGAAUUCAUGAUUCUUGGAUUUCAUAAUAUUCAAGGGUUACAUUUCCUACUGUCUUGGGUUAUCUCCAUCAUCUACAUCUUCACCAUCUUGGGGAACACGCUCAUCAUCUUCCUCUCCUUAGUGGAACCAUGUCUCCAAACCCCAAUGUACUUCUUCCUGGGAAACCUCUCCCUCCUAGACAUCUGCCAGACCACCACCACUGUCCCCCAGAUGCAGGCGCACCUCGUCUCAGGCAGGAGCAGUAUCUCCUAUGCAAGGUGUGCAACACAACUCUACUUCUUCCUCUUUUUUGUGGGUGCUGAGUGCAUGUUGCUGGCCACCAUGGCGUAUGACCGCUACAUGGCCAUAUGCAAACCUCUGCACUACACCUUAUUCAUGAACAGCAAGUUUUGUGUUCUGCUGGUGUCAGUUUCCUGUCUUAGUGGUGCACUCAAUGCAGCCUUGCACACAUUCCUGACUAUCCAUCUGCCGUUCUGUGAGGCCAACAGAAUCAACUACUUCUACUGUGAUAUCUCACCACUGCUGGCUCUUUCCUGUGGAGACAUCUCACUCAAUGUCAUCAUGAUACUGGUCUCCAGCAUCUUCUUGGGGUGGAGCCCCACCCUGUGCAUUGGACGUUCAUAUGGAUACAUUGUUUCAAGGAUACUGAAGAUACAUUCCCCUGAGGGGAGGAGCAAGGCCUUCUCCACCUGUGUGUCACAUCUCACUGCAGUCCUACUCUACUAUGGAAGCAGUAUCUUCACCUAUGUCAGACCCCUCUCUAGCUACUCACUGGAUAAUGACAAGUUAAUCUCUCUGCUGUACAACAUCGUCACCCACAUGUUAAACCCAUUGAUCUAUACUCUGAGGAACAAGGAUGUGAAGAGAGCCAGGAGAAAGGUCCUUGUGAAGAAGAUGUUCUUCUAA